GUUUCUUUGGUUAGGCCUCCGUUCUUGAACACACAAAAAUAGCUCCACAACGACAAGAUCAGGGCUUUCCAUUGGAUUCAAUCGAGUUUGUCUUCAUAUGAACUGAAUCCCACUUUUAUUUAGACUUCAACCAUUAUUUCGCUCAGUACCGUUUCACUCAUAAUUUGCAGAAACUAUGCCGGUUGAUAAAAUUCACCAUCAGGCAUUGUUACAAAGACUCAAUCUAGGUUUGUUUCCUCGCAAUCUGCUUGAAUUCAGGAAGUCAAGUGUUUUUAUUCAUCAAAUAAUUUAUGUGGAUCACCGACUUCAUUUGACGCUUCAGCUGAUUUCAGCUCAGACUCUAUUCAAUACUAAGUCUGACGAAGAUUCUCAAACAAUCAUCAAAGAGCUCAUAGAUCAUGUUGGCUCAAUUAACGUGAUGACUCAAAAAUCUUAUUUAGAAGUUUACUACGCCUCAGUGGUGCUCGCUCACUUGCAAGUAUUGAGUCUGGACUUUGAAUCGGCAAUUGCCACAUUGAGUAAUUUCACCAUCAACCACGCUGUCAUUCUUGAAAGCAAGGCAGAACGAGAAUUUUUGGACUAUAUUUCUGCAAGAUUCCAUGCUUUGUUAAGCAAAGCAUCAGCGAAUGGAAGCGCAGUUCGUUCCAUAUUUCUAGAAUCUUUGAAACGAUACGGUCACACUAGUCAGGUUGCGGCGAACACUUGGAUAGAUUGUAUCCUUGAUGGCUUUAUAUCUGACCUUACCUCCAAUGGAAAAAAACUGAUUCAAUUUAGUGAUCUUCGCCAACUCAAAUUCACUAAAAAUAUCUGUUCUUUUGUUUCAGUGGCGAACUGCAUCUUGGGACAAGAAAAUGAAACUCACAAAUCGUCCUCAUUUGAGUCAGAUUAUGUCAAAUUUCUUUCUGAACUUCUUAACGAAAAAAUCAAUCAAAGAAAAGACUUUCCUGAUGCGAGCGACGAAAAGUCUGAUGAAUUGAACUUUGUUGAAACAUUAUACCAUACUUUGAACAACAUUUCUAAUCACGGAUUUGCCGCCCGAAGAUUUAUUACCGCUGAACUCUCAAAGAAAUUUUUGUUGAGUAUGACGGAAAACUCAUACCAAAGCCAACCCGUACUCCUGAACUUGAUUUCGACAUUGAUUGAUUUGGGAGAGUACGAUGAAGCAUAUGCUGCUUUCAAAACAUACGUCAGCUACGUGAAAAGAGAAAGUGUCCAGACCGGGAGCUCUACCGAUCUUCUUCAGACUAUCCGCACGUACUCGCUUUGUAUCCUGCUGUUCAAUCCACUAAAUUCUUUCAUUCAAGACGCCAAAUCUACUUCCAAAAGAUUCAGAUACAAUAGUCUUGACACAGUGGCUCAUAAUUUGUCAUUGUUUGCCGAAGAUCUCCAGGACUACAUGACUCAAUUGGCAGUGGAUGCAGAUUUAACUUAUGAGGAGUCUUUCAAUGUGACACAGAAUCAGCUCGCAUUUUUGUAUCGCAAGUAUAAUCCCCAUAUACUCUCUGACUCUCGAUCAUCUGUUAUCAGAAGUUUGUCGGAUGCGUGGUACUCUUUGGGAAAACUCCAACAAUAUUUUUGCACUCAUGACUCUGCAAAUCUCAAAAUGCUCGAAAAUAACAAGACCAAACUCCUUAUGUUUUACAAAAACGCUUUGAUUGUCAACCCUCUUGGAAGCUUGACAUAUAUGCUGGAUUAUGCCUUGGCUUUGGCGUACGAAAAUUAUGUGAGCGAAUCAGCGAAAUUAUGCAAAUUCAUCUUAAGAAAAUCCCCAGAGUCCUUCAAGACUUGGAAUUUACUUGCACUCUUGGCUAGUGCAUUGGAGAACAAGCACUCCAUAAACGAUAAGAAGCCAUCAGAUUUUUUGUUGGAAGACAAACAUAAUGACUAUCAACAAAACGGUGAUUCAGAUGUGGUUCUACAAAAUGACAAAGAUGGAAAACUUCAUAAUGCUGAAAUGUUCAUUGAGCAUGCUUUGAAUAUUGCAAGCCUUUUUAUAACCAACCAUCGUGACGCGGGAGUGGCAAUAUCACUCCAAAAAAAAUACGACAUUCUACAACUAAAGAUGACACAACUUGCCAUUCGCGAAGCAAAAAGUGGAGUCGAAUCAAUUUUGGAAUAUAUCUCGGAUAUUUUCGUUCUCUAUCGUGAAUUGUUUCUGGGUGGGUCAAAUUGCAGAAAAGAACUUCAAAGUGGCAUGGGAGCUAGAGCUGACACAAAGUGGUCUCGUCGUCCAAGUGUAAUGGACCCCAAUGAAGCCAAUGGUAUUAGAAAAAAUCUUUCGGCGCUGAAUCGCUUGAAUAAAGAGACCAUAAAACGGUUCUCAAAGCUUUCAAUGGAUAGCCGUGGAAAGAAUGAUACAAUUGAUCAUAAACAGAAGGAGUCGAGUCCAGAGCAGAUUCAAGAACUCAGAAUAUUGCAAGAAUUGUGGUUAUGGGCUGCAUCCAUUUAUUUAAAACUUGGCUUUUUGGAAGAAGCAGAGCAAUGCAUUGUGGAGGCAGAAACUGCAGACAAACCAAACGUCAGGACUCAUACGUACUUGGGACUUUUAACCUCACAACACAGGAAGCGCCUCUCUCUCCAAGAAUUCGAAAGGUCAUUUGAAGUUCUUCAUUCUGCAGAAGAGAAAUUCAACAGGAAAUCAUAUGGCCUUACGCUUGCUGGAAUGAGUCAAUUGCUUAUCACGAAUGAUUCUGAUGAAGCUUCGCUAUUUGUUUCUGAGAAAGACCGGGACGCUGGAUUAGUGCGCGUAAAGAAUUACUUGGAAAACUUUAGAAAUUGCUGGCCAUACGGCCACAAUAACCCUGAGGUAUGGUUCUUUUUGAGCUCGAUUUACGAAGAGUUUGACGACAAGCUUCUUCAAGCAGAAGCGUUGUGGAGAUGCAUUGACCUCGAAUCGAUCAGGCCUGUCCGUUCCUACGAUGUAUGUGAGGACUUCGCCAUUUAAUUUUCAUCACGGCAAACUCACUGUGCACGACUGUGAAUGUAUUUUUUUUGAACAGAACUUUAGCAAUCCUUCUAAUAAAUGGAAUCCGCGC